UCCCUCAUCCGGGCAUCGCAGUUGUUGGUAUCGGGUUUAGUGUAGUGACUGGGCAGGCUGAGGGGAGAAGUCGGCCGUGUUUGUUAUCUUUCUUUGUUCGGUCUGUUUAAUACCGGAUUCAUCACCACUAGAGCUGUGUUUAACAAAACAGGAGCCGGGGAUAACGCUGGAGGGAGUCGCCGCUUAUCGUGAAUGGAUCAAAUAAUUUCCAGAGGAAUCGUUUUCGUUGCUACGCCGCAUGGAAUCCGGGGGAGAGAUUUGACCCUCAUAACGUUAUCGCGCAGAGACAAACUCCAUUUUCCUCCAAAUCAAAUGACUUCCGUCUAACAACGAGGACUUUUUUCCAAAUACACUCCAAGUUGCAACCUGCUGGACGACGUGCGGUGUGACGUCAUCAUGACCGUCUUCAGCUCCCAGGUGCUGUUCGCAUUCACAAGAUCCAGGGGAUCGUAUUUUCUCUCCAAGCGGCAUGGCUGUCCUCUCUCCUUCUGUAUCCGUUAUCACAUCUCCACGUUGGAGCUCUCGUCCCACAGUGCUCCCAAACCGCUCUACCUUCACGUCUCCCACACUCCCACCCCACACACCUUCCACAUCCGCUCUCGGACUCUUCACUCCUCCUGCGCUUGGCUCCAGGAAGUAAAGAACACUCCCUCCGAAGGCGAGCAGGUGAAGGUGGAUGUUGUUCCCGAGCCCAACAAAGCCUUGGCUCGUAAAUCUGUGGGUCAGAGAGUGCUGGACGAGCUUAAACAUUACUAUCAUGGCUUCCGGCUGCUGGGAAUCGAUACGAACAUUGCCGGCCGCAUGGUGUGGAGGCUUCUGCACGGACAACAGCUCACCCGCAGGGAGAGGAGGCGGUUGAUGAGGACGUGUGCAGACUUGUUCCGUCUCGUCCCCUUCGUGGUGUUCAUCAUUGUCCCCUUCAUGGAGUUCCUGCUUCCUGUCUUCCUGAAGCUUUUCCCUGAAAUGCUUCCUUCUACUUUUGAAACAGAAUCCAAAAAGGAGGAAAAGCAGAAGAAGGGACUCGCGGCCAAACUGGAGCUGGCAAAGUUUCUUCAGGAGACGAUUGCUGAGAUGGCUCAAAGAAACAAAGCGGCCGUGGGAGGAGACGAGACGCAGAAGUUCUCCACUUACGUACAGCAGGUGAGACACACGGGCGAGCAUCCCAGCACAAAGGACAUCGUGAAGUUCUCCAAGCUCUUUGAAGAUGAACUAACGCUGGAACAUCUGGAGCGGCCCCAGCUUGUGGCUCUGUGUAAGCUGCUGGAGCUACAGCCCAUUGGCACCAACAACCUGCUGCGCUUUCAGCUCAUGAUGCAGCUGCGCAACAUCAAAACCGACGAUGAGAUGAUCUCAAAGGAAGGAGUCUCGGUGAUGACCGUCACAGAACUUCAGGCUGCGUGUAGGAGUCGAGGGAUGAGAUCUCUCGGUCUCACCACAGAUCAGUUACGAGAACAACUGCAACAGUGGCUGGAUCUGCAUUUGAAAGAAAACGUUCCGCCAUCUUUGCUGCUGCUUUCCAGAGCCAUGUACCUGACGGACCUUAAACCUAAACCUCCCAUUAUUCCUCCCGUGCCCAAACUGGAGAAACCUCCUAUUGAGACUGAAGCCACAGCAAAGUCAAUUUCCUCUUCUGUGGAGAUGCUGAUUGACUCUGCCCCCAUCAUCAAGGACAGCAAGGAGGAGGAACUGUCGGAGAAACAGAGUGAUUUGGAAAUGCCGUCUCCUGAGGCUCAGUUAAUCCAUGCUAAAGGUGCAGAAAUGGCACAGAAAUCCAAGAUGAGUGCAAAUGGACUUUGACGAGCUUCUCCUGGAAAUUUCUCAUCUUCCUCAUGUGCAGCACAUGACAUGAGGGGGCGCACACACACACACACACACACACACACUCCUGAUCUUGGCGAUGGACUCGGAUGAGCCUGUGCCCUCGUCCAGCACGUCGUGGCCUAUUAUUUCUUUUUUUCCCAUUUAUAAGAGAAAGAAAGAAGAGAACUUGAUUUGAGGAGAGAGUCGUACAAAUGUGCCUACGAACUCAGAGCUACAGAAUAAAUUCUUAUGGUGUACAGUGAAUGAUACUGAAGACACGCUUCUAUCUCGGAGACGUGGCCGGGCCACGUUUAACCUGCACGCCUGAGAAUCAAUCAUGCUCUUUAUUUUUAUUUUGCGAACCCAAAUGUCAAGUCGACUCAUUUAUUUUGAACUCUCAGGCAUCACAGGAUGAAAUAAACUUUCAGUAGAGCUCUCGACUUUUCAGACCUGUAUGUUUCGUAAAUUAGCGCACCCACAAAAGCUGAUUUUUUUUGUAACGGAAAAAACAUCGGCUGCCCUUUUUACUGUGUAAAGAUCAGUGUUUGUACAUAAAUUUAAUAUGGAUGUAAAAUAAAUUGUAGAGAUUGUUUAAAGCAGUAAUCAGGAGUCUUGUGAGACGGAAAAUAGCAAGAACUUUGUUUGUUUGGGGAUUUCAAAAGCUUUAUAUAUUUGAUGCAUUGCUCAGUUCAGCUGUGAGAUCGGUGAUAUUGGUGAUAUCUAACGCCGCUGUGGAUUUAAUUUUUGCUCUCAAAUAAAGGAAAAUAUUUCUAAACUUACACCACAAUAAAACCGCAGCAAUUUGGA